AUGUCGCGCAGCGACUCGUGGCGCGCCGACGGCAGAGACCGCGGCUCUUACGACAGCUGGCGCCCAUCCAGCGACCGUCGCGACCGAGACGAUCGUCGUCAAGGCUACGAUUCUCAUCGCGGCUCAGGCCAGGAUUCUCAUCGCGGCUCAGGCUACGACUCUCAUCGCGGCUCCGGCUAUGGCCGCCCCGGCGACGCCUACCGUGCCCCUCCUGCCGACGUCUAUCGUCCCCAGCUCCCCCAGAGCGACUUCACCUUUCGUGUGGAUCAGCCUCUCCAUGUAGCCCCCUUCACCUUCCCGCCUGCCACCCACCCGCCCUCGGGCCGCCGUGGCGAACGUCGUGGAGGACCCCCGCGAAAGCCCGGACGCCCGCGCUGGCAGCCCCCCCCCCAUCCCUCGGAGCGUGCUCUCAUCUCGGGCGACACGUUUCGCCUUCCCGGGCAACGCAUCUUCGACACUAUGGCCAGCGCAAAGUUCCGAAACGUCGACGAAAUGUCCGACGACGAAGAGAUCGCCAUGGAAAUGUCGUCGCAGUCGUCUCAGUCGGGGAUAGAGAACCCAGCCCCGAAACGCGCACGCACCCAAGCCAAGGUCGACGACGCUGCCGACACCGUGCCCAAGUGGUCCAAUCCUGACCCCUACACCGCACUGCCGUGCCCUGACGAGGGCACGCGCAAGAAAAAGGACAUGGUCAAGCUCAUCCGCAAAGCGCGCGUCGAGGACGUCCAGCCAAACACCGACGCGCCUCCCGAGGCUGAAAACUUCAUCUCCUUUGACUCCAGCGACGAAGAAGACAACCGGCCUCCCCCUCCAAUCAGCCUGCCUCCGCGCCCCCCCCCUCUCCCGCGAACCGAUCACCCAGAUGCCGGCAAGAACACGUCGAGCGCUGUAACUGACACCAAAUCGACGCGGGAUGCUUCCGGCCCUCUCGGUUCACGCAAGCGUACAUUUGACGACGAAAUCAAACCCCCCGACUACGGCCAGCUCAAAAAGGGCAGCUUGAGGCCUAGCAAGGGUGCCCUUGUUCCGGAAUGGCAGCCCAAGGACGGCGAAGAGGCUUGCCCUUGGAGAGCCGUCGGCUCCUCUGCCGCGGACACCAUGACUGUCCGACUGCACAAAGAGAUCCUGGGCUUCUACGAGUUUGUUCGUCCCAGGGAGUUUGAGCAACGCAUCAGAACCAACCUUGUAGAGCACCUCAAAAGGGCCAUGCAACGCGACGGGCGCAACUUUGCCUCUGCUCAUGUGUAUCCUUUCGGAUCAUUCAUGUCCGGCCUCUAUCUCCCAACCGCAGACAUGGACCUUGUCGUUUGCUCGGCAAGCUUCAUCAAAGGCGGCCCGCCGACCUAUCUCGCCGCAAAGAGCUGGCUGUACAAGUUCCAGAAGCUCCUUGUGUCCCAGGGAGUCGCCGAUGUUGCCUCGGUCACCGUCAUUGCUCAUGCGCGCAUUCCUUUGGUCAAAUUUGUGGACAAGCUCACCGGCCUCAAAGUCGACGUGUCUUUCGAGAACAUGGGAGGCGUCAAGGCCGUUGACACCUUCCUGCAGUGGAAGCUCGAGUAUCCGACCAUGCCCAUUCUUGUCACUAUUGUCAAGCACUUUCUCCUCAUGCGAGGUCUCAACGAGCCCGUCAACGGCGGCAUUGGUGGGUUCUCCGUCAUCUGUCUCGUCGUCAGCAUGCUGCAGACCAUGCCGCAGCUUCAGGGCCGUGGAGUCACCGACGAAGAGCACCUCGGCCUUUUGCUGCUCGACUUUUUCGAACUGUAUGGCUGUCAUUUCCGCCACAAGACCAAUGCCAUCUCUCUCAAGGGAACCGUGGGUUAUGUGCGAAAGUCGGCGGUCUCGACCUUUACUUACAGGAACACCAACCGCCUCUCUAUCAUUGACCCCAACAAUCCCGGCAAUGAUAUUGCGGGUGGUUCGUCCAACACGGAGGCUAUUUUGGACCGGUUCUACGACGCCUUUCACGACUUGCGUGAUCGCAUGAAAUAUAUCAAGCGACACCCUGACCGAGGUGGCAUUCUCGACGUCAUUUUGAAGGGCAACUACUCGUCCUUUCGCCUGCAGCGAAAGUACCUAAAACACGUCCAUCAAGAGACCAUCGGACCUUGCUCGGACCAGGAUUAG